AUGCUAGGGUAUAUUAUAAACCUGUCAAAUAUAUUCUGGGGAUCCACCCUCGCUAUAGCCAUUUGGUGCGCAAAGCGGUACGCCAGGAUGUCAGAGAGUGAACAUGAGCAGUUGAAGCAAAAACUGAAACUAUUGGAAGGUUCGGCUCCUCUCCCGAUCAUCAUCGUUGGUGUGUGGCUCGCUUUGCGGUGCAUCUACGCGCUGGGCCUUCAAUUGCUGCUGGAGAUGCUUGUGGUGAUAGGCGUGGUGACCUAUUUACAUAACAAGGAGGGAAGAAGAGAACUAAUGGAAGCUAAUCAGGCAAAUAUGCUGAUCCAAGACCUGGAGAAGCUCAAGGCAGUUCUUGGAAAAGAGCUGCCGGAGUGGCUAAAGUACCCAAGCGCAAACCGUGUGCACUGGCUCAACACCUUGAUAGGUGGCAUGUGGAAUUCCAUUUCCCUAGCAACGGAAAACUCUGUUCGUCAGAUGCUAGAGCCGAUGUUGGAGGCCACCAAGCCUUCUUUUGUUUAUGACAUUGUCAUCAAGCAGUGUUCAAUGGGAAGCCAGCCCAUUGUGAUCAAUGGCAUUCAGCAUCACCCAUAUAAUGACAAAGAAUCUGUGCUUGACAUUUCGUUUUCAUGGGAUAGUGAUAUGGAUAUCCAUCUUCAUUUUAAAGUGCCAGGACCUGAUCUGCACGUGCAUGUGCGACGCUUGGAAAUUGACAUGAAAGUACGUGUCAUGCUUUCACCACACGUUCCGCAGUGGCCCUGCUUCGGUGCGCUCUCAUUGUCGAUCAUGAGUAUGGGAACACCGGAUUAUGAAGUCUCCGCCGCAGGAGUCUCAUUGGACAUUUUGGGUCCAGUAAAGACUUACUUGAGGAAUUUCAUCCGCGACACGCUCCUUGGGAGGAUGGAGCACCCAAAGAAGAUUGCAAUUCCAAUGGUGACGGGAUUCGAGGCACCAGUGACGCGCGCAGAUGCUGCUCUCGGUACCCUUCGCAUUCACCUGUUACGGGUGGAGGACUGGUACCACCGCUGCUUGUCGGAAAGACAAUCAACACCCUACUACAUAAAGGUCGCCGUGUCUAGUGAAGCAAAGAAGCGACGCUUCAAGAGUCUGAUCUACAAGGGACUGAACAGCGAGCUGAAUGAUGUUUUUAGCUUUGUAUUAUUUGAUAUUGGGCGAACGCUGCAUUUCUGGUUGUACUUUGAUGUGCCAGGGAGUGACCCUUGUCUGGGGGAGUGCGACGUGCCCAUUCAAACCCUGGUUGAGAGCAAGUUGGCAGAGCACUCGUGUCUCUUGAUGAAACCAGACGUUUCGGAUAACCGGCUUCGUGCGAGGUUGAUUAUUUCAGCCGAGUUUUUGCCAUACACAGGCAGGAGUAGGAAUGAUUCCACGUCGGCGCCUACACACGCCCCGCCGCGCAUGGUGUCGGAGACCUUUGCAAAGCAGAGCGCAGUGGGCGAGCGGUGCAUUGAGCCUCCCAGCACACGCUCGAACGUUAAUGGCAGCAUCUGCUCAGAGUGCGUGGGAGGUGGCACUCUCUUUGUGACUGUUAAGCGGUGCACUGGGCUCAAGAACAUGGAGCGGCUGGGUGUGUCCGAUCCGUACGUGCAGUUGCGGCUGCGGAAGCAAGUAAGGAAGUCGUCGUAUGUUAGCUCGACUCUCGACCCCACGUUUGACUUUGAGACGGAGAUUGAGGUGUACAGCAUCGACACCGAUGCGCUGGAGAUUUUUAUUGUGGACAAGAAUGACCUCAGCAAGGACCGUGUGAUGGGCUCUGUCGUCAUUCCUGUCUCCCACGUGGCGUCGAGUGCAGGCGAACACGUGAGUGGCGAAUGGAAACUUGAACCACAGGGGAAAAUUUUCCUAGAGUUGCACCUGCUGCGCCACUGA